AUGGAUUUACGCCUCACAAGAUCCUUGGAGAAGAAAGCCUCUGAGCUUCUAGAAGCUAUACCCAAACCUUUUAUCUCGCUUCACCUUCGCUUUGAACCGGACAUGGUAGCUUACAGCCAAUGCCAAUACUCGGGUCUUUCUUCAGCCUCCAACAAAACCAUUGAGGCAGCACAAGGAGAUAGAAAACCGUGGACUGGAGAGUUGGCCUGCAUUUGGAGAAAACGGGGGAAGUGUCCCCUUACGCCUAAUGAGAUGGCCUUCAUACUUCAAGCACUUUCCAUCCCGACAAACACAACUAUAUAUCUGGCAGCCGGGGAUGGGCUUAUAGAAAUUGAAGGUUUAACAUCUGUUUACACUAAUGUAGUCACUAAGUCUAGCCUCCUUAGUGGUGAGGAUUUCACAAGCAUGCAUGGGAACAUGAAAGCUGCAUUGGAUUAUCACGUGUCUAUUAAUAGUGAUUCUUACGUGGCAACAUAUUUUGGAAAUAUGGACAAGAUGGUUGCUGCAAUGCGAGUUUUCAAGGGGCUGUACAAAACUCUUUUCUUAAGCAGAAGAGCUUUUGCUGAUUUCACGUCGCAGGGCUUGAGAGGGAGAGAAUUGAUGCAAGCUCUGUGGAAGGCUCAUAGAGAUGAUUAUGUCAUAGGAAGAGAGUCUGCUUUGCCCGACUGUUUUCGUGAGGUUAAAUUGUAA